AUGAAGAACCACGACAUAAAGAAUAGGCCUGCCAAACACUCCAACCGGAAGAGCAGUCCGGGGCCACAGGAAGCAGGACCGGAGGGAGCACAUGGACGAGCCAGACGGUUAGCUCCUGGAGCAGAAGCUGAAGGUUCCACAAGCCAGGCGCCUGAGAUGACUGAGGGGGCUCAAGCUAAAGCAGCUCCGUCUGGGAUUCCCUGUGACAUCUCUGAGGAGAUGUUCCAGCAGUUGAAAGACAUUCCGAGUACAUACCGUAUGGACAACAAUCAGGGGGGCCUAGGUGAAGAGGGAGCACAGGGUGAAGCCAAAGAGCCGGAAGACACAGAAAAGCCCCUAACCUAUGAAGCCAGGAAUGGGGAACCAGAAUCAGGUGUUUCUGUAGUCAGGGGCGAGAAAGAGACCUCUAACGGGGAGCCUGGUACAGAAGAGAUCGGAGCAAGUGAUGAGGUCGAAGACCAAGACCAUCGAAGGCCACAAGAAAAGAAGAAAAUCAGAGAUCUAGGGAAAGAGAUACUGAAUGCGCUGAAUAACCCAGAGGAGAAGCUAGCUGCGCUGUGCAAGAAAUACGCCAUCAAGUUGCAGAUGGAACAGCAUAAUGACCCAAACUACAAGCUGUGCCAAGAUAAUACAAAACUAGCAGAGAGGCUCACGAAGUUGAUUGAGCAAUACGAGCUCCGUGAGGAGCUCAUCUACAAAAUCUUCAAACAUAAGGACCUGCAGCAGCAGCUCACGGACAUCAAACUCCAGAAGACCCAGGAAAAGCUGAAGGAGGCAGAGGAGCAGCACGAGCAGGAGAAGGAGUUUCUUCUGAAAGAAGUACAAGAGUCCCAGAGGAUGUGUGAAGUCAUGAAGCAGCAGGGGAUCCACUUAAAGCAUCAGCUCACCAUGUAUAAGGAGAAGUUCGAAGAGUUCCAGAGCACACUCUCUGAAAGCAAUGAGAUGUUUAUCAGGUUCAAACAGGAAAUCGAAAAGAUGUCAAAGAAGAUUAAGAAACUGGAGAAAGAGAACACAAUGUAUCAAUCACGGUGGGAGAGCAGCAAAACGGUUCUGCUGCAGAUGGCUGAAGAGAAAACCCUCCGGGACAAAGAACUGGAAGGCCUGCAGGUGAAAAUCCAGCGGCUGGAGAAGCUGUGCCGAGGGCUGCAGACAGAGCGCAAUGACCUCAACAAGAGGGUACAGGACCUGACUGCCAGGGGCCAGGGCUCCCUCACUGACAUUGGCUUUGAGCAGAGGCCGGAGGCUGCCACUACCCCCAAGGAACCAGAUGCUGAAAGUCCUGGGGCUCAACCAUCUAGCUCUCCAAGGGCUACAGAUGACCCUGGCUGCCCUGGAGCACCGAGCACAGAAACAGCAGGGCAAACAGGGCCCAAAGAGCCCUCCUUUGGCACUGCUUAG